GAAGCGGAGAGAGAGGAUCAUAGAGAAAAAGCUCUCUGGCUACCGACACGGCUUACGACUUUGUCGAAUUCACAUACCAACAUCAAACCGAACCGGGGUCAGCGGACAAACGCGAAAAAACUGGAAAAUUUUAGGAUUAAAUGAUUUUAUGGAUUAAUUUGAACCUUUUCUUUCGUCGAAAGAAAACAGUCUCAACUUGACUUCAUAGAAUCGUUACGCUGGUCACCGAAGAGGAGCCCAGAGGACUGGGAACGAGAUGAAGACUCCGGAGGAGCCGCCCUACCUAACAGUGGGCACUGAUGUCAGUGCCAAGUACAGAGGUGCUUUCUGUGAGGCCAAGAUUAAGACUGCCAAGAGACUGGUCAAGGCAAAGGUGACCUUUAAACCGGACCUGACCACAGCAGAGGUCCAUGAUGACAGCAUCCAAGGCCCUCUGAAGGUUGGUGCUGUAGUGGAGGUGAAGAACCCCGACGGAGUGUACCAGCAAGCUUCCAUCAACAAGCUGACUGACUGCACGAUAUACACUGUUGUGUUUGAUGAUGGUGACGAGAAGACACUGAGGCGUUCCUCUCUCUGCCUGAAAGGAGCGCGUCACUUUGCAGAGAGCGAGACACUAGAUCGUCUCCCUCUCACCAACCCAGAGCACUUUGGCACUCCUGUCAUCGGCAAGAAGGGGAACCGUGGACGCAGGUCUAAUCCAGUUCAGGAGGAAGAGUCCUCUUCAUCGUCCAGUGAAGAGGAGGACAGUGACGGGAGACAGAACGAAGACCUGUAUGGGAAGGUGGUGUGUGUUGAGGUGGGCCCUGCCUCUACUGCAGACAGGAAGUCCAAGACAACAGCAUGGUUCCCGGCCCUGGUCAUCACCCCAGACUGCCAUGAAGAGGCCACCAUCAAGAAAGACACCGUCUUCGUUCGUUCCUUCAAGGAUGGCAAAUUCAACACAGUGCUGAGGAAGGACGUGACGGUGAUGGACACAGACUCUCCUCCUAAAGCUGACGCAGGGCUCAAGCCAGCGUUGGAUGCGGCUGUGGAGUUUGUGCAUCAGGCGGUGGUGCCCGGCUCCUGGAGGACUGAGGUGAAAGACGAGAGUUCCACCAGUGAGGAAGAUGAGGAGGAGGAAGAGCAGGAGGAAGAGGCGAGCGAAGAAGAGGAAGAGGAGGAAGUGGAGCCGUUCCCUGAGGAGAGAGACAACUUCCUGCAGCAGCUGUACAAGUUCAUGGAGGACAGAGGAACCCCCAUCAACAAGAAGCCCGUACUGGGCUACAGAAACCUGGACCUCUUCAAGCUCUACAGACUGGUGCACCAACUGGGAGGCUUCCACGAUAUUGAGAGCGGGUCCAUAUGGAAGACUGUGUACCAGGCUCUGGGAAUCCCUGUUCUCAACUCUGCCGCCGGCUACAAUGUCAAAUGUGCUUACCGCAAGUACCUGUAUGGGUUUGAGGAGUACUGCACAUCCUGCGCCAUCACUUUCCGCAUGGACCUUCCCCUGAAGCAGCCCAAGGCAGAGGGGGGAAAAGAUGAGGGGGAGGCAGGGGGAGACCGUACCGUCCACCCUGUAGCCUCUUCAAGCUCAGCAGAGGAGCAGAAACGGAAAGCCUGCCACUCUGAGAGAGAGAUCAUGUGCUGCUCAGAGUCCAGCAAUACUCAGCCCAUCGUCUGCAAGGAGGAGACUGAGUUCACCCGGAACAAACCAGAACUGGAACCCGAGAGAGAAGGUGGUGAUGAUGAUGGUGUUGACGAUGAGGAAGGAGACGACCAUCACAAGCACGGCUCUGAUGAUGAAGACGGCCCUUCAUUUGCUCGCCUCAGAGAGGAGGGAGUGAAGCUGGAGCCUUACGAUGAGGAGCAGGAGGCUGGGAAGGAGGAGGACAUUUCUGGCUCUGGGGAUGAGAGCUGCAGUCAGGAGGGCGAUGGUGGUGAUGAGGAUCUGGGGGAGGAAGGGGAGGAGUUUGAGUGUUACCCCCCGGGGAUGAAGGUGCAGGUGAGGUAUGGUCGCGGUCGCAGCCUGAAGACGUACCAGGCCACUGUGAAAGAGGCUGACGUGGAGGGGGGAGAGGUGCUCUACCUGGUUCACUACUGUGGCUGGAAUGUCAGAUAUGACGAGUGGGUCAAAGCUGACAAGAUUGUACGUCCGGCCAAUAAGAAUGUUCAGAAGAUUAAACACCGCAAGAAAAUAAAGAACAAAGCGGAGAGAGACCGCCUGGAACGACUGAACGACGACUUGGGGAGUCCGUCCCCCAACAGACUACGUGUCCCUCGCCCCUCCUCCAAAUCCCUCGGCCCCUGGUCCGGCUCCGGUCCCCGCUCAGCCCAUGAGCGCCAUGUCUUCUCCAAGAUGGAGGACGGUGAGAACCAAAGGACUCUGACUCUGCAGUCUCCAGUCAAGUCUAUUGAAAUCACUUCUAUCCUCAAUGGCUUGCAAGCCUCAGAGAGUUCAACAGACGAGUCUGAUCAGGAUGGUGGGCUUGAAGACGAAGAUGACCAUCCAGGUUCAGGGGGUCGCGGCGGUCUCAGAAAGGGCGGUCCCCCCAAACCCCUUCACGCCUUAGACCGCUGGGAGGGUACCGCCUCUACCGAUGUCCCCAAACCACCAUUGGUCACAGGGAAGAGCCAAGAACCAAUCAGCAUCGAGACCCCGGAGACUGGGAAGCGGCGUAGCCAACCAGAGUUUGAGGCUGAGAGGGAGGGGCCAGGUAGCUCCGCCUCCAGGAAGAGGAAGUCAGAAGGAGUGGCGGGGGAGCAACAGACCUCUAAAGGACCCCCGUCCAAAACCAAGCUCCCAACCUGGAGCACCAGGAGCGCAGACUGGCUGCCGGGAGGCUCCACCAGGAGGGCCCAGGAGAGAGCAGGAGGUCUAGGAGAAGACAGAGGAGGAACAGGAGGUUCCUCUUGCAGCAGCUCAGAUGAUGGAGGUGCACCUCCCACUGAACCCCACCAGACCGAUGGAGACCGACCCAGCUCCCGUCCCAAAGCUUCCCCCUCUAAGAAGUACAAUGGCAUGAAGGACAAGGCAGCCAAGAGUGGCCCCGGUGGUGGAGGCGGUGCCCGCCCUGCGGGAUUCUGGGAGAUCCCUGAGAAGAGGGCUAAGAUGGCAGCCAGCAGCGUGGAGGAGAGGGAGAGAGAGAGAGCGAGACCGGCGGGUGGCAGUCGUACCAAGGGACAGAAUGAUGUGUGGUCCAGUAUUCAGGCCCAGUGGCCAAAGAAGACCCUGAAGGAGCUGUUCUCUGACUCCGACACGGAGGCUGCUAACUCCCCUCCUCCGCCUGGACCGGCCCAGUCCUCAUCAUCAUGCCACGAGGAGAGAGAGAACAGGGGGGAGCGGGAUGGAGACGAGACAGGAGGAGGAGGCCCGGAGAGGGAGAGCAGGGGUGAGCGGGACGGGGAGGGAGACGAGACAGGAGGAGGAGGCCCGGAGAGGGAGAGCAGGGGGGAGCGGGACGGGGAGGGAGACGAGGCAGGAGGAGGAGGCCCAGAGAGGGAGGACCAUGACCCCUCAGAGGAGAACCAGGGGCAGGAGAAGAGGAGGAGUGAGCAGGACUUCCCCUCCAGUGGAUCUAACUCAGUUCUCAACACCCCUCCCACCACCCCAGAGUCCCCAUCCAUGGGACAUAGCGGUAAUGGGGCCAUGGAGCAAGGGGCUGGAACUGGCUCUAACCGGACUCAGCCCUCCUGUCCUCCCCUGUCUGUAACCUCCGCUCUGGGUACAACGCCCCCCUCGGACCCCCUGGCUCCGGGGCGCCCCAACCCCCUGGCAGAGGAAGGCGGUUGUGGUCGCAGUGAGACAGACAGCAGUACAGUGGAGGUGGAAAGUCUAGGAGGGGAGCUGCAGGACCAGCACUUACCCCAAGACCAAGAGCAGGGAGAGCCUCACCACCAUGUAGGGGCAGGAUCCCCCUCCUCGCAGAGUAAAGCCUCCCUCCUAGACGGUCCAGGUAGCCUGUCCUCCUCGCACAGCCACUCCAACUCUACCUGCAGUCUGGGGCUCAGUAGUAGCAGUCGUCACGACAACACUGAACACAAAGCCAAAGUGUCUGCCAGUCACAAGCGUCAGAAGGAACAGCAGGCAGGUGGAGCAGCAAAGAAACCCAAGCCAAACAGAAAGAGCUCAGUGCCUCCCAAGAAGAACAAUAACAGGAAAACUGCCCACAGCAGUGACAGUGAAGACCCGUCAUUGGGCGAGAGCACAGCCAGGUCUUCAGCCUCAAAGACCCAUGUUGCAGCAGACAUGAAGGGGUCCAUCUCGCCCAAGUGUCCCAGCCUGGGACAGGGACGCGCCCCUCCAUCCAGCCAGAAGUACCACAAGCAGCAUGGUGACCCCGACCACCAUCACCAUCUUCACAGUCGGGAACAUCACCGGGAGCCGGACCUGGACAAGAUGUCUAGUCUGGAGAGGAUCUCCUUCCUCCAGGAGAAGCUGCAGGACAUCAGGAACCACUACCUGUCCCUCAAGUCUGAGGUGGCCUCCAUCGACCGACGACGCAAACGCAUCAAGAAGAAGGAGAGAGAGAGUACGGUGGCUGCGUCUUCCUCCUCUUCCUCGUCCCCGUCCUCCAGCUCUCUAACAGCAGCGGUGAUGUUGACGCUAGCCGACACUCCUGUGUCGUCCUCUUCCUCCUCUCAGAACUCUGUGGUGUCUGUAGAGUGUAGGUGACAGGACAACCCCUCACCCUCCCAACCUUCUGAGGUCCAGGACAACCCCUCACCCUCCCAACCUUCUGAGUCCUAGGACAACCCUUCACCCUCCCAACCUUCUGAGUCCUUGGACAACCCCUCACCCCUCCCAACCUUCUGAGUCCUAGGACAACCCCUCACCCUCCCAACCUUCUGAGUCUUAGGACAACCCCUCACCCCUCCCAACCUUCUGAGUCCCAGGACAACCCCUCACCCUCCCAACCUUCUGAGGCCCAGGACAACCCCUCACCCUCCCAACCUUCUGAGUCCUAGGACAACCCCUCACCCCUCCCAACCUUCUGAUGCCCAGGACAACCCCUCACCCCUCCCAACCUUCUGAUGCCCAGGACAACCCCUCACCCCUCCCAACCUUCUGAUGCCCAGGACAACCCCUCACCCCUCCCAACCUUCUGAGGCCCAGGACAACCCCUCACCCUCCCAACCUUCUGAAUCCUAGGACAACCCCUCACCCCUCCCAACCUUCUGAGUCCUAGGACAACCCCUCACCCCUCCCAACCUUCUGAUGCCCAGGACAACCCCUCACCCUCCCAACCUUCUGAGUCCUAGGACAACCCCUCACCCUCCCAACCUUCUGAUGCCCAGGACAACCCCUCACCCUCCCAACCUUCUGAGUCCUAGGACAACCCCUCACCCCUCCCAACCUUCUGAUGCCCAGGACAACCCCUCACCCUCCCAACAUUCUGAGUCCUAGGACAACCCCUCACCCUCCCAACCUUCCGAUGCCCAGGACAACCCCUCACCCCUCCCAACCUUCUGAGUCCCAGGACAACCCCUCACCCCUCCCAUCCUUCUGAUGCCCAGGACAACCCCUCACCCUCCCAACCUUCUGAUGCCCAGGACAACCCCUCACCCCUCCCAACCUUCUGAUGCCCAGGACACAGCACUGAGCACUUAACCAGCACCUCCCUGGUCUCCAUCCCAAAAUACCCCCAACACCCACCAAGGCCCCGUCCCUACCACUAAACGCCUCCACUCCAAAGCCUCAGUACAUCCCCCACCUCAAACCGGAGAGCACCAAGGCCUCAUUGCCCCCUACUUAAACCUCCACUCUUAUCCAUGCCUCUCCAGCCCAGAACCCCUUUCCAACAGCUUGGCCUCAUCACCCCUUUACUCCCAACUCCCACCAAGCAGGACAGACAACUCAAUCUCCAUACUGGAACAACAACACAGACAACCAGACCAACAAGACAAAACACAAACACUAUUUUCUAUCCACAGCUGUUUCCUUGGCAAGCUAAUUGCACUUAAGUGCACUUUUAUGAAGAUUUGAGGGGGGGGUUGGGGGUGUGGGGGGGGGGGAAUCCAACGACAACCAAAAAGUAUAUUUUUCUUUCAAUUGAUAAACAUUUAUAAGAGUUGUUUUCUCCAAGCAAUAGUGAUUCUUUCCAUCUCGAGGAAGUUUAGAUUGGGUUGACGAUGGUGUGUACUGUGUCAUCAAGGUCCUUGUCCUACGUAGUCCUAUGUAGCCCUAUGGAGCCCCUUGUGUAUGUCGAGCUUGUCAAAGGGAAUGCACGAGGUUCAAAGUCACACGAUGUACAUACUAAACAUAAGCGUGUGGUGCGUGUACUCAUAGAAACCGGGGAUUUCUCUCUCUGUCCAUCUUCACUUCUUAAGCGACUACAUCUUGGAAAUGGUACUCUUAUCUUGACCCAAUACCGCGACCGUGGUCCGUAAGCGCUGUGUGGAGGAGAGGCUUCGUAUGUAGGCCUACUGUAGAGAUCCAGACAAGUGAUGCCAUGAAGAUGAUGAACAUAAAGGCUACUGUUAAAGGCCUUAUUAUUGUCUAGCCCUAAGACACCUCUUAAGAGGGAACAUUCCCCCUCCUGUCCCACUCUCUCAGUCCUGAUGGUUCUUAGAAAUGAAAAACGGUCCGUCUUUCAGAGCCCUGUAUGAAUGACAGACUGCUCCGGGCCAGGCCUGUAUGAAUGACAGACUGCUCCAGGCCUGUAUGAAUGACAGACUGCUCCGGGCCAGGCCUGUAUGAAUGACAGACUGCUCCGGGCCAGGCCUGUAUGAAUGACAGACUGUUCCAGGCUUGUAUGAAUGACAGACUGCUCCGGGCCAGGCCUGUAUGAAUGACAGACUGCUCCGGGCCAGGCCUGUAUGAAUGACAGACUGCUCCGGGCCAGGCCUGUAUGAAUGACAGACUGCUCCGGGCCAGGCCUGUAUGAAUGACAGACUGCUCCGGGCCAGGCCUGUAUGAAUGACAGACUGCUCCGGGCCAGGCCUGUAUGAAUGACAGACUGCUCCGGGCCAGGCCUGUAUGAAUGACAGACUGCUCCGGGCCAGGCCUGUAUGAAUGACAGACUGCUCCGGGCCAGGCCUGUAUGAAUGACAGACUGCUCCGGGCCAGGCCUGUAUGAAUGACAGACUGCUCCGGGCCAGGCCUGUAUGAAUGACAGACUGCUCCGGGCCAGGCCUGUAUGAAUGACAGACUGCUCCGGGCCAGGCCUGUAUGAAUGACAGACUGAUCCAGGCCUGUAUGAAUGACAGACUGCUCCCGGGCCAGGCCUGUAUGAAUGACAGUCUGCUCCCGGGCCAGGCCUGUAUGAAUGACAAACUGCUCCAGGCCUGUAUGAAUGACAGACUGCUCCAGGCCUGUGUGAAUGACAGACUGCUCCGGGCCAGGCCUGUGACUGUGUAGAUGACAGAUAUUGAUGGUUUCUAGCCAGAUAUUCAUGUGCUUAUAUUGAUAUUCAGGAUGAUUGUAGAGGUUGAUGUGGAGAGAAUUGAACUCUUUCAACCACGAUCUAAUGUAUUUAGGAAUGAGUCCCAAAUUGGAACCUUUUUACCUAUAUCGUGCACUACUUUCUAUGGGCUCUGGUCUAAAGUAGUGCACAAUAUAGGGAAUAGGGUUCCAUUUGGAAUACAACCCUUGGUCUGCUACUGAAUACGGUUACCAGUUAAUGUGGCAGCAUAUACAUACACGUGUAAGGGUGGAGAUGUCUGGCAGGUUUAAUGAAGCCUAAUGGAGAGCGUUGUAUCUUGUCGGGUUUAUCAGUCUUUUCAACUCAUGGUUCUUGGAUUUUUUUUUAUCACGCCGUUCAGAUUAUCUAGAUUAGACGCUCCAGAUUGAGAAGAAAGCACUGAAUUAAAUGGCCGACUGCCAAGGGGACUACGAAGCAUUCUGCAUCAAAAAAAAAAUAUACUGAACUAAAAUAUAAACGCAACACGCAACAAUUUCAAACGUUUUACAGAGUUACAGUUCAUAUGAGGAAAUCAGUCAAUUAAAAUAAAUUCAUUAGACCCUAAUCUAUGGAUUUCACAUGACUGGGAAUACAGAUAUACGUCUGUUGGUAACAGAUACCUUUAAAUAAAGGUAGGGACGUGGAUCAGAAAACCAGUCAGUAUCUGGUGUGACCACCAUUUGCCUCAUGCAGCGCGACACGUCUCCUUCACAUAGAGUUGAUCAGGCUGUUGAUUGUGGCCAAGGAAUGUUGUCCCACUCUUCUUCAAUGGAUGUGGAAUGUUGCUGGAUAUUAGCGGGAACUGGAACACGCCUAUCCAGAGCAUCCCAAACAUGCUCAAUGGGUGACAUGUCUGGUGAGUAUGCAGGCUAUGGAAGAACUGGGACAUUUUCAGCUUCCAGGAAUUGUGUACAGAUCCUUGCGACAUGGCGUCGUGUAUUAUCAUGCUGAAACAUGAGGUGAUGGUGGAGGAUGAAUGGCUCGACAAUGGGCCUCAGGAUCUCGCCGCGGUAUUUUUAUGCAUUCAAAUUGCCAUCGAUAAAAUGCAAUUGUGUUUGUUGUCCGUAGCUUAUGCCUGCCCAUACCAUAACCCCACCUCCACCAUGGGGCACUCUGUUCACAACGUUGACAUCAGCAAACACUUCGCCCACACUACGCCAUACACAUGGUCUGCGGUUGUGAGGUCGGUUCGACGUACUGCCACAUUCUCUAAAACAACGUUGGAGGUGGCUUAUGGUAGAGAAAUGAACAUUCAAUUCUCUGGCAACAGCUCUGGUGGACAUUCCUGCAGUCAGCAUGCCAAUUGCACGCUCCCUCAAAACUUGAGGAAUCUGUGGCAUUGUGCUGUGUGACAAAACUGCACAUUUUAGAGUGGCCUUUUAUUGUCCUCAGCACAAGGUGCACCUGUGUAAUGAUCAUGCUGUUUAAUCUCCUUGAAAUGCCACACCUGUCAGGUGGAUGGAAUAUCUUGGCAAUGGAGAAAUGCUCACUAACUGGGAUGGAAACAUUUGAGAGAAAUAAGCAUUUCUGGGAUCUUAUAAUUCAGCUCAUGAAACAUGGGACCAAGACUUUACAUGUUGCGUUUAUAUUUUUGUUCAGUGGUAAUUCCCAGGUUAGUAAUUAAUUAUCCCAAGAGAAAUAUACUGAGACAGUAGGUGUUCUACCACCAUGUUUCCAACUCCUCAUCAGUCCUGUGUUCUUCUAUAACCUGUAGGGGUGAGAUGUGAUGAGUCUAUACAGAUUCAGCAUUCUUAUCAAAUCUUUACCCCUACAGAUUAAAGGAGUCUGUACAGAUUAUAGUAGUCUGUACAGAUUAUAGUGGUCUGUACAGAUUAUAGUGGUCUGUACAGAUUAUAGUGGUCUGUACAGAUUAAAGGAGUCUGUACAGAUUAUAGUGGUCUGUACAGAUUAUAGUAGUCUGUACAGAUUAUAGUGGUCUGUACAGAUUAUAGUAGUCUGUACAGAUUAUAGUGGUCUGUACAGAUUAUAGUGGUCUGUACAGAUUAUAGUGGUCUGUACAGAUUAUAGUAGUCUGUACAGAUUAUAGUAGUCUGUACAGAUUAUAGUGGUCUGUACAGAUUAUAGUAGUCUGUACAGAUUAUAGUAGUCUGUACAGAUUAUAGUGGUCUGUACAGAUUAUAGUGGUCUGUACAGAUUAUAGUGGUCUGUACAGAUUAUAGUGGUCUGUACAGAUUAUAGUGGUCUGUACAGAUUAAAGGAGUCUGUACAGAUUAUAGUGGUCUGUACAGAUUAUAGUGGUCUGUACAGAUUAUAGUGGUCUGUACAGAUUAUAGUGGUCUGUACAGAUUAUAGUGGUCUGUACAGAUUAUAGUGGUCUGUACAGAUUAUAGUGGUCUGUACAGAUUAUAGUAGUCUGUACAGAUUAUAGUGGUCUGUUAUGCUGCAGAAGACAUUUAGAAAUCUAAGAAUGUCACAGAUGUGUAAUUGAUUGUUCCAAGAUUAUUAUAUAGAAAAUAUAAGGUGAAAUACAUUGACAGUUAUAAAGAUCAUCGAUGGUGUUUCCAAAUCCUCACCAGUUCUCCUUUUACCCAACUCUUCACCCCCACCACCAACAAAUAAUCAUGUUGAUUUACCCCCCCCCCCCACCACAACAAAUAAUCAUGUUGUUUUAACCCCCCCCCCACCACCAACA